UUUUGUUUAGUCCCUCUUCUCUUACCGUUCAUUGCCUCCCACUAGAAAAAUGGAAAUAAACUCUACUCCAACUCUUACAUUUACCCCUAGCAAAUUACCCAAGGUCACUCCACGUCGCUCUGGAAAUUUUCAUCCUAGUGUUUGGGGAGAUUAUUUUCUUUCAUACGCUUCUGUCGUCACGGAAGCGGAUGUUAAAACGGACCAAAGAAUUGAGCAACUCAAAGAAAAGGUGAGACAAAUGAUCGCGGCGAGAGCUGAUAAACCUUCACAGAAGCUGAACUUGAUUGAUGCAAUUCAACGCCUAGGUGCGGCCUACCAUUUUGACAUCGAGAUUGGGACUGCAUUACAGGAUAUCUAUGAAACCUAUCAUGUAGUGGCCAACGAUGAAGAUCUGUACACAGUGGCUCUCUCAUUUCGACUGCUUAGACAACAUGGACAUCAUGUCUCUUGUGAUGUGUUUAACAAAUUCAAGGACAAUAAAGGAAAAUUUCAAGAAUAUGUAAUUGGUGAUGUGCGAGGAAUGGUAAGCUUGUACGAAGCUACACAUUUGAGGGUUCACGGAGAAGAUAUAUUGGACGAAGCAUUGGAUUUUACGACCAGACACCUCAAAUCUGUGGUACCCAACUUAAACAAUGGUAUUGCAGCACAAGUAGUUCAUGCUCUAAAUCAGCCCAUCCACAAGGGCCUGACAAGACUCGAGGCACGACAUUACAUCCCCUUCUAUGAACAAGAGGAUUCCCACAACAAAGCUCUGUUGGAUUUUGCGAGAUUGGAUUUCAACCGCUUGCAAAAGUUGCAUCAGAAGGAGCUAAGUGAAAUAACAAGGUGGUGGAAGGAUUUGGACUUUGCCAGAAAGCUACCGUUUGCAAGAGACAGAGUGGUGGAAUGCUACUUUUGGAUACUGGGAGUGUAUUUUGAGCCCCAAUAUUUUCUUGGUAGGAGGAUUCUAACAAAAGUGAUUGCCUUGGCUUCAAUUAUGGAUGACAUUUAUGAUGUCUAUGGUACCUUAGAAGAACUUGUACUCUUCACUGAUGCAAUUGAAAGGUUGGAAAAGAGUGCCUUGGAUCAACUGCCAGAGUACAUGAAAUUGUGUUAUCAAGCACUAUUGGAUGCUUACAACAUGAUUGAUGAAGAAAUGGCCAAGGAAGGAAGAUCAUAUCGUGUCAAUUACGCAAAAUCUGCAAUGAAGAAUUUAAUUAGAGCACACUUUGAGGAAGCCAAAUGGUGUCACGAAGGCUAUAUUCCGACUAUAGAAGAGUACAUGAGAGUUGCGCUUGUAACCGGUGCUUACAAAAUGCUUACAACAACUUCCCUUGUUGGCAUGGGGGAUUUGGUGACCAAAGAGAGUUUCAAAUGGGUGUCAAGUGAUCCCUUAAUUCUUGAAGCUGCAUCCGUGAUUUGCAGACUCAUGGAUGAUAUGGCUGGCCACAGCCAUGAGCAAGAGAGAGGCCAUGUAGCCUCGGCAGUUGAAUGCUACAUGAAACAACAUGGUGUCACAGAAGAAGAGGUUUAUGUUGAAUUUCAAGAAAGAGUUGCAAAUGCAUGGAAAGACAUGAACGCAGAGUGCCUCCGCCCGACCGCGGUCCCAGUGCCUCUCCUCACCCGAGUUCUCAAUCUUGCACGAGUGAUCAAUCUUAUAUACACAGGUGGAGAUGGGUACACUCAUUCCGGAAAAAAGCUGAAGCAGUGCGUAACGUCAGUGCUCAUCGAUUCCAUUCCGAUCAAUUAG